GGAGAUUGCUCACUCGUCGGCCCUCGCCGAAUUUGUGGCCCGACUGGACUCCAACAAGCUUAUCGAGGGCGACAAGGGUAGGUCGAGUCAUGGAGGCAGCUGAUGCUCUUAGACAUCGUGGAGCAGAUCAGGCGUAAGAUGCAAUGUGUCUGCGACAAUGAGAACGGCCGAAAGGUUCAGCGGCCUGGCAAGAGGAAAGAUAGCCGCAAGGACGAGACGCCUGCCUGCCGAACAUUAGCGGAAAACAACACAACGAUUGCGAAGGAGACGAAUCCGCCCGCUGCUCUUCGGCGCAAGCGCAAGCGUGUGACAAGUCCCACUGUAUCCGGAUACAGUGAUGACAACGGUGACAGAAGUGAAGGACGCAAGGUCGAGAAGAAGACGGCAGAAAAGGCGAUACGCUUUGCGAGCCCUCCGCACAUCAAGGCCAGCAGCCCGGAAUCUUCGCUCGAGUCGGCUGAGCAGUCGCAGGAGUACGAUUCCUUUGGCGACCAUGUUCUCUCACCUGCUCUGCGAGGACACGCAAGCGCACCACACCAGCCCGUGCCUUCGUCGCAGCACCAACGCCACAAGGCCACGCGCAAGCGCUCAUAGGCCACCAGCUCAACUGGUGUAGCGAAAUCUCAUCACAGCCCACUCCGUGGUCCAGUGCGACGCUCAAGUUCACGAGUAUAGAUCUCAACGUAGUAGUAUACAUGCUUCCACCAUCUAGUUUAACUAUCCAACACGUAUGAGAGCCCCAUGAAUGCAGCCGACUCGUCCCCC